AUGGCGACCUCCGGGAGAGAUCCCCAGUUGCAGAAGCCUUACGGUCUCCAGGGAGGCGUGAGCAGUUCACGAACUGGAGCCCAGUCGAAACUGCUGCACUCAGAAAAGGAACGUCAGUCUUGCUGGUCUCCUUUUUCCAUGGGGCAGAGACCGAAAAAUACUUUCCGCAGAGUCUCCUCCUACCUACUCCAGCAGCUCGUUCACUGCUAUCAAGAGUCGGACGUGGACGGAGACCACGAAGACAAGGAAGAGGGCGAGGGAGAGGGCGAGGGCAAAGCGGAGUUCGAGGAGUCUUCAGAGUCCGAAAUGCUGAAUUUUGAGGGAGAAUUUGAUGGGGUCCUGAGAGAGGAGGUCGUGGCUGAGAAACUCUAUGAACUGGGGCGCUCAGGCUCUGGGACUGAGCAGGUCUACCUCAGUCUGACUUUAUCAGAUCUUGAUUUAAUUGACAUUAGCAUCCUCUGUGGAUACAUUCACCUGCAGAAGUUGGAUCUUUCAGUAAAUAAAAUUGAAGAUUUGUCUUGUGUGAGCUGUAUGCCUUAUCUUCUAGAACUUAAUGCAUCUCAGAAUAAACUGACGACAUUCUUCAAUUUCAAGCCACCCAAAAAUCUCAAGAAGGUGGAUUUUUCCUACAACCAAAUUUCGGAAAUGUGUGAUUUGUCGGCAUAUGAGUCUCUCACGAAACUAAUUUUGGACAGCAAUGAGAUAGCUGAAAUCAACGGACUAGAGCUGUGUAGCAGUCUUACCCACCUUAGUUUGGCCAAGAACAAGAUAACAACCAUUAAUGGCUUAGGAAUGUUACCGAUCAAAAUACUUUGUCUGAGCAAUAACCAGAUUGAGAAGAUCACAGGUUUGGAUGACCUAAGGGUCCUGCAGAUCCUGGAUCUGGGCCACAAUCAGAUCAGUAGCCUCCAAGGCUUAGGGAGUCAUGACUUCUUGGAAGUGAUCAACCUCGAGGAUAAUAAGAUUGCUGAGCUGGGUGAAAUAGAAUACAUUGAAAACCUACGUCUCCUUCGAGUUCUCAAUCUUCUAAGAAACCCAAUUCGGGAAAAAUCUGACUAUUGUUCCUUCGUAAUUUUUAUGCUACCUCGAUUAACAGAAUUAGAUCAGAAGAAGAUAAAAGUGGAAGAAAAGGUGGCGGCAGUGAAUAAAUACGACCCUCCCCCAGAAGUGGUCGCAGCCCAAGAUCACGUGACCCACGUUGUCAACAGCAUGACGCAGCCACAGAGGAUCUUUGACAGCACCCUUCCUAGUCUGGAUGCCCCUUAUCCUAUGUUGGUAUUAGCUGGUCCUCAAGCAUGUGGUAAACGAGAACUUGCUCACCGCCUCUGCAGACAGUUCAGCACUUACUUCAGAUAUGGGGCGUGUCACACCACAAGACUGCCUUACUUUGGAGAAGGGGAUCGGGUUGAUUAUCAUUUUAUCUCUCAAGAAGUUUUUGAUGAAAUGCUAAACAUGGGGAAAUUCAUUCUAACCUUUAAUUAUGGUAAUCACAAGUAUGGAUUAAGUAGGGACACCAUAGAAGGUAUCGCAAGAGAUGGUUUAGCAAGCUGUGUUCAUAUGGAAAUAGAAGGUGUAAGAAGUUUAAAACAUUCCUAUUUUGAGCCUCGAUACAUCCUGGUGGUACCCAUGGACAAGAAAAAAUAUGAGGGCUACUUGAGGAGAAAAGGAUUAUUCAGUCGUAUAGAGAUCGAAUUUGCUGUCUCCAGAGUAGACCUUUAUAUUAAAAUUAAUCAGAAAUAUCCAGGAUAUUUUGAUGCAGUAGUCAAUGCAGAUGAUCUGGAUGUUGCCUACGAAAAUCUGAGUCAGCUCAUUAGAGAAUACCUUGGAUUGUCUGAGGCAACCGCCAAGAGUUUGGCUCCAACCACAGAUAUUAAGAAACCUCAGCUGAAACCUGAAAAGACUUCUAAGAAGUUUAGAGCUUCGAGUGAGUUUGAGUCCCUGGAUUUUGCAGACAGAAACUACUUUGUGAAAUUAUGGGCCAAACUUUCAGGCAAAAACAUGCCAGCGGAAAGAGAGUCUAUGGCGAGACAGUAUGAGACAGCCCGGCAGGCCCUAAUGGGAAAGACACCUCCUCAUCACACAUUCCUGUUUCAAAGGGGUCUAGUACCAGCACCCAUCAUCAACAGUCUACGUUAUUUUACAGCUUUAGAACUAAAGAAAAGUUUUGAGCUUUAUGGAGAUUACUUUAAAACUCCCUUUGGACCUUCUGAAAAGAGUGGCAUGGAUUCCAGUGAUUCCAUGAAAUACUCUGCAUUAUUUGAGUCUUGUCCAUGGUCAAAAGACUUGCCUUUUCAUCCUCCAGAAGACAGAAUUUAUUCACACCCAGAAUCAACAAUAGGUGAUAUUGAGGACCAGGCCCUGAAAGCACUACAUAAACAGGUAUUUCCAUGUGAAAAAGGGUCUCUCCAACACAGAAGACACACAAUCUCAGGCAUCAGUCGCCCAGGUUCCAACACCAAACCCACCCUCCCUCCGAUCCCUCAGGGCCGCAAGUAGACCCGUACCUGACGUUUGAUCUUAACAUGGAAAACUUGCUCUGAUCAUGUCCAGUCCCUUUGUCUCACCUGGCCGUGGAUCCUGGCUAUUCCUCACUCAACCAACUACCUACAAAAGAAUGUUCUAUAUGCCUUAAUUCUCUCAGUUUCUUUUGUGAUUCUCUGAAUAGUGUCUAUCUUUCUUAAAAUGUAAGUUUUUCUUAGCUUUUAUAAAUGGAAUUUCAGUUUUUCCCACAGCUAUGAAAGAAUUUUCUAGCUGCUUCCUGCUCUGAAAUAUCAGAUGGCAAAAUCUCCCAAGAUCUCUGCCUUGCUACAUGCAUAGUGAUUGUGGGAUAAAGCCAAUGACGAUUGUGCUCUUAAAAUUUCAAUGUGUCCAUUUAUAACAUUAGUGUAUACUUUACAGGAUUGAAAUAUUUUUGUUCUUCUCAUUAUGAAAAAAUUAUAGAGUUCCAUUUAACUUCUGACCAACAUGAUACCUCAACUUCCUUUAGCAAUAUGAAGGAAUAAAGA